ACAUAUUUUAAGUGUGGAGAGAAACCUCCCCAAAUUGACAAGAUCGCCAAUGUUUCAUGAAACUGAGGUGCUUGGAAAGUACAUAAACCCUUGUUUCCUCAAACCCAAAGUGAAAACAAGAGUAAAGUCGAGACCUUUACAAUUAGUGAAGGAGGCACACAAAAUUCCCGACUUUCCGGAAGAAUUUGCUCGUGAAAAAUAUCAUGCCCCUCCAGGAUCCAAGGAAAACUUCACUUGUAGAAAUUGUCCAGACAUUACCGCAGCAGAUAAAGCGCUUGACGAUGUUUCGAUUUUCAUGAACAGUCGCACCAUCCGAAAUGCACCACAUGGAGAUCUGAACAACUUUUCUAGUCUCACUGAACAACUCGUGAAAAAUUUGGAAGGGGAUGUGGACUGUUUAGCGGAUGACUACGAGUGGACGAAAUUUCAUCUCCACCGGGGAUCUAGCCUUCAAUUUUCAGAAAGUGAAAGCGAAGCUGAUCCGUUGGCCAGCAUUGCAGAGUUUAAAAAUUUCGAGGACGUCAUGGCAAGAGAUGCAUCUUCCAAACUUCGUUCAAGUGAGACUGGAGACGGAAUUGAUUAUCCUAAUGAAGAUUGUCAGUCAUUAUUAUCAUCGCCACCCGCAAAGGAAAAUUUGACCAUUGAAAUUAUUAACAUGACGAAAGAUAAGCCACACAUAGUUCGCAGAAUAAUUAAGGAAUCGCAGUCCGUGUCAGAGUGGCUUGAGGAGAAAAUUAUUUCUGUGCAUAGUGACAGUUGCCUGGAAAAAUACAGACCCCCAUCGCUGUAUGAGAUGACCAAAUCUGGUUCAACAUUGCAACCAAAAUUGAGACAUGAGACCUACAAAGCUUUAAAAGCCAAAUCUUGCUGCACGUUCGGCUGCAAAUCCGAAUCGAGUGAAUUCCUACUUCAAACUACCAAGCCAGACAGUACCAUUUCUGAUAAAUCACUGGAUAUUUUAAAGCAAAGGUCCAAAUGCCAUAAUGUAACUCCACUCACAGCAAUCAACUCUGUGGAUGAUGUAUUACAACUAAGGACAGUAAAUCCUGUGGGAUUUUGUAUUUGGCGAGCAUUGUGUUCAAAAAAGCUGGAUUUGUAUGCGUAUAAAAGCGAAUGUCGUCCCCACUCAAUCGACGAAUUUGACACACAAGCUUCCAUCUGCAAGUUCAAAAAGUUCAGUGCUCGACGACUGAGUAGAGGGGAUGACGAAUCUGAUCAAACUGGAUAUUUGGGAUCCGAAGAAGACGAGGAAUACAAGUGUCAAAUUCUUAAUGAUUUUUGGCCGAUUCGUUCUCAAUGUACGACUAAAGAUUCUGAGCCAUCGAUUCCUGAUUUUUCCAAGGAUCUCCAUGCAGUAAAUCGUGAUCAAAAUCAAAGUGCUGCCCCCGCUAACAUAAUUUUUAUCGACUGUGAUGGAUCGGAAUACUGGUCAUGUAAAUCUGCAUAUGAGGACAUAUUCUAUCCAUUCCAUGCUCAUGUACAAAAUUCUGACGAUGGAAGGACAACAUUUUCCCUGCAUAAUAAUAAUGGAAAUGCCGAUUCAUGUAAAAUUCGAAAGCAAUCACAUAUUCAACAAACCCGAUUAGGGCGUUGCAUAUCUAAACUUGCAACGUGGUGUAAGAAUGGGUUACUUAAAAACCUAUAAGAUUCAAGAACAAGGAUAAAAUUCAGAAUAAAAUUUUUAGUUUUCUCGAAAUAGUCGCUCCAGUACUGUACAUUUACUGUAAAUUUACAUCUACUGUAAAUUUCAAGUAUGACCUAUUUUUUAAUUUUGUAUAAUAUAAACCUUCGUACAACAAUGUACAAUAUUCAUUCACCACUUGAUUUUAGAUAUCUAAGGACAUAUGAUAUUUUGUAUUAAAUUAACGUUAAGAAAGGACUUAAAGCUAAAUCCCUUCCAGGGAUAUUUUUAUUUC